AUGUUCGGCAGUAGCGAGAACUCGUCGCUCUCCAGCGGCGAGGGAGCCAGUGGCUUCUCCGGGCAGGGCGACAGCGGCGUCGAGGCGCAGCAACUCGUCAAACUCCUCCUCAUCCAGGCUCUGAACCAGCAAGUUCACAAAACAUGUUUCAAGAAAUGUUUCCCCUCUAACAAAUUCUACAGCGAACUCUCGAAGAGCGACCAUGUCUGCCUCGCGAAAUGCAUGGACAGAAUGUACGAGGCGAACGAGAUUGUGCACCAAGCGACCGUGGAAAUGCGGCAGAACUUUCCGCCGUCGGGAACAGGCUUGUAA